AUGCCGGCUCAAACUGGGAAGGAAAUCGUCCUCGUCACUGGCGGAACAAACGGCAUCGGUCUUGACACCGUAAUCCACUUCGUCUCCACCUCCCCAAAAUACCACGUCAUAAUCGGCGCACGCAACCUGUCCAAAGGCGAAACCGUCCUCAAAGACAUCCAAUCCAAACCCAUCCAAGGAACAGUAUCCCUCAUCCAACUCGACGUCACAGACGACACCUCCAUCUCCUCAGCAACCAAAAAGCUCGAACAAGACUUCCCGCACCUCGACGUCUUGAUCAACAACGCAGGCGUCUGCCCAGAACGCGACGAGCAAUGGCCCCCCAACCGCGAGUACCUGCGUACAAUCUUCGAAACAAACGUCUUCGGACCCACCCUCCUCACUACCUCUCUCCUCCCCCUCCUCAAAAAAUCUCCUAACCCGCGCGUCAUAAACGUCAGCUCAUCGAUGGGUAGUAUCGCCAUGAAAUCAGACCACAGCCACGAACAUGCUGGUGUCCGGUUCCCAGGGUACCGCAUGAGUAAAGCAGCGCUGAAUAUGCUGACGGCGUACCAGCACUACCAGCUUAAGCCUGAUGGCUUCAAGGUCUGGACGUUUUGUCCGGGGUACGUGGUCACGGACAUAGCGGACGAUAGGGAAAAUAGGGUACAGAAUGGGAUUGAGAGUUCGGAGACGAGUGCGGUGGCGUUGUUGGAGAUUGUGCGGGGGGAGAGGGAUGCGGAUGUUGGGGGAUUUAUUGGGAGGUAUGGGGAGAAGUUUGAGUGGUAA